CCACUUUCCUAACACGCUUGACUCUACUAUACACGUUCAAGAUGGCACGCUCUGCUCUUCUCAUUGGUAACAUCUCGCAUGCUCGCAAGGAGUGGGACGAUCUCAGCUCUCUGCUUGAAUUGAAGGAGUACAAGACAGGCUCGAGAGACGAGUUCCUAUCCAAGCUCAAGUCAGGCGACUUUGACGAUACCUUUGUCGUUUACCGCAGCAACGAAUCGACCGGGGUAACAGGACCUUUUGACAAAGAGUUGGUUGAUCUGCUCCCGUCGAGCGUCAAAUACAUUACCCACAAUGGCGCCGGCUACGACAACAUCGAUGUCAAGGCGUGUACCGCUCGCGGUAUCCACAUCUCCAGCACUCCUAUCGCCGUCAACGACGCUACCGCCGACAUCGCCAUCUUCCUCAUGCUAGGAGCCCUUAGACGCAUCACCGUUCCCUUCAACGCUGUCAGAAAGGGCGAGUGGCGUGGCAAGGCCUUCGGUCUUGGUCAUGACCCGAAGAACAAGGUGCUGGGUAUCCUCGGAAUGGGAGGCAUUGGAAGAGCUGUCGCCGAGAGAGCUGCCGCUUUCGGCAUGAAGAUUCAGUACCACAACCGCAACCCGCUGCCUGCGGACAAGGCUGGAAACGCCAAAUAUGUUUCCUUCGACGACUUGAUCAAGACUUCGGACGUACUGAGUCUCAACCUGGCCUUGAACCCCUCGACAAAACACAUCAUCUCGACUGCCCAAUUCGACAUGAUGAAGGAUGGUGUCGUCAUUGUCAACACAGCCAGAGGUCCCAUUAUUGACGAAGCUGCCUUGGUCAAGGCCAUUCAGAGCGAGAAGGUCUUCUCAGCUGGCUUGGACGUCUUUGAGGAGGAACCAAAGAUUCACCCCGAGCUGAUCAGUGAUGACCGCGUUGUUCUGCUGCCUCACAUCGGAACAGCAACUUGGGAGACACAAAAGGACAUGGAGCUGCUGGUUCUCGAGAAUCUGAGAUCGGCUGUUGAGAAGGGCGAGUUGGUGACUUUGAUACCCGAGCAGUCCAAGUAGAUGCUCACAUGAGACAC